AUGCAGAAAACAGAUGUGGCCCAUGGUCCGCUCAGUGCAAAGGAUAUGAAGGCCAUACAUAUGCCAUGCUAUCUCGGCUGUGAAUACCUCAACAUCGAUACGUGCGACCUAUGUCUCGACGACAUGGCCGCUUCCUCGAUGUUUCGCCAACUGCCCUGCGGUCAUAUUUUCCAUACGCCCUGUGUGGAUUUGUGGUUGACGACGGGAGAUGCGAGUUGUCCGCUCUGUCGGCAGACCUUUUAUCAUUUGCGGAAUAUGAAACCCUCGCGAAUGUCGGUUCACCAUAUUGAGCGAGCGGAUCAGAGAGAGCAUGAGCAUGAGCAUGUUAGUUCGGAGAACAAGUUUCUUCGACGAAUUCGGCGAGGGCUAUUUGCGAGAUAG